UAGCAUCAAACGGGAGCGUUUCAUCCAUCGGUUCAGAUGCGCUUGCUGUCCUAUUCGAUUUUUACAAUUUAUAACGGUUUAAUUUUUGCUGGCAAUUGUUAAAUAGUUUCACAAUACCAAUUGAUUUCUGGCUAGAGUGAAAAAACAGUGGCUUGCAUUCUGAAUCUACAAAGAACCGACCUUGAAAGCGAAAUGGAAUCUCCAUAAUGCUGGAGAGAUAGCGGCAUCGAAGCGAACUGACAGCAGAAAUGGAAGGGAAAUUUAAGGAAUCCCCUUACGUCGAAAUGUGCCAUAUACAGCGUCCCAAAAAAAUGGAAGAUCAGAAAAAUCUGGGGAAGAAACCUAAUAAGAAAGUUAUUGACAUGGGACAUAACUGUCACCUAAUUAUAGAAAUGCCUGAUCUGCCAGAAAGUGUAAUAGCAAAGGGAUUUGAUCUCAACAGCCUGCACUUGAUGUCGCUUCAAGGGCUUGCUAUGAGGAGAUUGGCUGUACAGUUGUGCUGUCACCGUAAGAUGCUUGCGUAUGCUGUGCAAACCGAUUCAGCUGCGCGACGUCAAAAGGAACACGAAACAAAGAUGUAUGAUUUAUUGAAAGGUCUUCUACCUGAAGUUCCGCUUGCGCAAGCGAUGAAACACGAGUUAUUCAGUGUAAUGAAGUCGGUUUCCAGAGAAAUAAUAAAAUGGUUGGACAUCCAUGAAAAUUAUUUAGGUCCGUGUAACUUAAACGAUUUGGAGCAUUUGAAACACCUGUGCUGGACUAGCUUGGGGUGUGUGGAUUAUCGGGAAACAGCCGCAGCACUCAUUCGCCACGAAAAGCUGGGCGUGGCACAACGUUACAAGCUGGCUUGUCUGUACUGCUUAGAAGAGGACAUCAGAGAGCUUUGGCGAAAGAUGCCCGAAAGAAGCAAAAAGUCCUAUUAUGAUGCCAAAUCACCGAAUCUCAAGCAGCCAGGUUUAGUCCUUAUUUGGACUUUCAUCUUAAAAGGAAAAGAAAAAAAAUUGCUUAAAUUCCUUGAAGAAAACGGAAAUUUCUACCCCUCCAUUGACCACCUAGGGUUCGAAUGUGCUGCAAUCCGCGGUUACAGAACAGCUGCUCAGUAUUUUUAUGAAAUGUUAAAGUCCGAAGAAAAAGAAGAAUUAUUGAUGAAAACCGCCAUGUCUGUAGCAAUGCAACGUUCAAAUGAUUAUUUUUUUUACAUGGAGGAACGCCAACAACUUGGCGACGUUUUGUUCUAUUUGAUGUCCGUGAUGCAGCCGUAUGAGCAGAAGAUCUUGCUUUGGCACCACCCUUGCGAGACCUUGAAGUGCGCUCUGGAUUGGCCCAGGCAAGAUGCCUUUAUCGAGCUUGCAAAAUCCGUAUAUCCUUUCCUUUCGUUACGCACUUACAUCCGGGUGAUUUUCAAUCUGUCCCGAAACAGUUCUUGGGGAUAUAAUCAUUCGAAACUAUUUCAAGAAUUUUUCAUGCUCGAGCCCUUUGAUUUCAGUUUGGCACUGAUAGUCUACAACGACAUUUUGCGAGAUUUUAUUCGAAGUGACGACAUAGAAACUGUCAAAUUUCUUUUCAGGCAUCUGGAUGCUCAGGGAAAAGAUGAACCUGUUUUGGGUUCUAUAGGGAGUUUCAUUAACUACGAACUAAUGAAGGAGGGUAAGUGGGAUUUGAUGAAUCUUUUCAUCGAAGAGGUCAAGAUAUCCGAAUCAAACAGACGGAGAAAUGUGAAAUUUUUCAGUGAAAGUCGUGGAUUACAUCUGGAGAUGGAAGAAAUGCAGCGUCUCAUACUUCUCCGUAACCUUGGGACUCGAGAAGAUGUCCAGAAUAACACUGAUCUUGAAAUUCAAGAAGAAGAAAGAGAAGAGCCGAAGGCUGUGAGGAAACUAUUAAUUCCUCUGAAAGCAGCAUACGAUAAGUGUAUUAAUAUUCUUUUCCGAUAAGUUCCAUGCAUUCGUGUUUUGUAAAUUGUAUCAUGGUUCUGUGACAUCCCAACGCAAAUUCUUUUCUUUUUAAUACGAUGAUUUUUAAAAUUGCCUUCAUGUGAACCCUAAAAUUUUAUUCGUAGAAAUAUUUAAACUUUACCGGAAUGCUUGUUUUAAAUUUAUCUACAGGAAUCAAGUUCUAUUAACGUUUUAUUUGUUCUUUCCAAGUGUUCUUGCAUAAAGCAUUACCAAAUGUGUGUCUACAUAUUUGAUGCUUGAUGAAUGUUCGUGUAUAGAUGUUUACUAAUCUUCGUAUGGAUUAUCUUGAAACUGUUGGUGUUAAGACUGUCAGAGAAAUUUUAUGUGUAAUAAAAUUUUUCAACAUGCAAAUUGUAUCAUAGUUGUGUGACAUCGCACAGCAACUACAUUACUUUGUAAUGCAGCGAUUUUUAAAACUGUUUUCGUUUGAAAACUAAAACUUUUUUCUAAUUUUUUUUAUGCAGAAAGUUGAAUUUGAAUUUAUCUCUAAAAAUCAAGUUCUUUUCACAUUUUAUUUGUUCUUUCCAAGUGUUCUUGCAUAAAGCAUUACCAAAUGUGUGUCUACAUAUUUCAUGCUUGAUGAAUGUUCGUGUAUAGAUGUUUACUAAUCUUCGUAUGGAUUAUCUUGAAACUGUUGGUGUUAAGACUGUCAGAGAAAUUUUAUGUGUAAUAAAAUUUUUCAACAUGCAAAUUGUAUCAUAGUUGUGUGACAUCGCACAGCAACUACAUUACUUUGUAAUGCAGCGAUUUUUAAAAAUGUUUUCGUUUGAAAACUAAAACUUUUUUCUAAUUUUUUUUAUGCAGAAAGUUGAAUUUGAAUUUAUCUCUAAAAAUCAAGUUCUUUUCACAUUUUAUUUGUUCUUUCCAAGUGUUCUUGCAUAAAGCAUUACCAAAUGUGUGUCUACAUAUUUCAUGCUUGAUGAAUGUUCGUGUAUAGAUGUUUACUAAUCUUCGUAUGGAUUAUCUUGAAACUGUUGGUGUUAAGACUGUCAGAGAAAUUUUAUGUGUAAUAAAAUUUUUCAACAUGCAAAUUGUAUCAUAGUUGUGUGACAUCGCACAGCAACUACAUUACUUUGUAAUGCAGCGAUUUUUAAAACUGUUUUCGUUUGAAAACUAAAACUUUUUUCUAAUUUUUUUUAUGCAGAAAGUUGAAUUUGAAUUUAUCUCUAAAAAUCAAGUUCUUUUCACAUUUUAUUUGUUCUUUCCAAGUGUUCUUGCAUAAAGCAUUACCAAAUGUGUGUCUACAUAUUUCAUGCUUGAUGAAUGUUCGUGUAUAGAUGUUUACUAAUCUUCGUAUGGAUUAUCUUGAAACUGUUGGUGUUAAGACUGUCAGAGAAAUUUUAUGUGUAAUAAAAUUUUUCAACAUGCAAAUUGUAUCAUAGUUGUGUGACAUCGCACAGCAACUACAUUACUUUGUAAUGCAGCGAUUUUUAAAACUGUUUUCGUUUGAAAACUAAAACUUUUUUCUAAUUUUUUUUAUGCAGAAAGUUGAAUUUGAAUUUAUCUCUAAAAAUCAAGUUCUUUUCACAUUUUAUUUGUUCUUUCCAAGUGUUCUUGCAUAAAGCAUUACCAAAUGUGUGUCUACAUAUUUCAUGCUUGAUGAAUGUUCGUGUAUAGAUGUUUACUAAUCUUCGUAUGGAUUAUCUUGAAACUGUUGGUGUUAAGACUGUCAGAGAAAUUUUAUGUGUAAUAAAAUUUUUCAACAUGCAAAUUGUAUCAUAGUUGUGUGACAUCGCACAGCAACUACAUUACUUUGUAAUGCAGCGAUUUUUAAAACUGUUUUCGUUUGAAAACUAAAACUUUUUUCUAAUUUUUUUUAUGCAGAAAGUUGAAUUUGAAUUUAUCUCUAAAAAUCAAGUUCUUUUCACAUUUUAUUUGUUCUUUCCAAGUGUUCUUGCAUAAAGCAUUACCAAAUGUGUGUCUACAUAUUUCAUGCUUGAUGAAUGUUCGUGUAUAGAUGUUUACUAAUCUUCGUAUGGAUUAUCUUGAAACUGUUGGUGUUAAGACUGUCAGAGAAAUUUUAUGUGUAAUAAAAUUUUUCAACAUGCAAAUUGUAUCAUAGUUGUGUGACAUCGCACAGCAACUACAUUACUUUGUAAUGCAGCGAUUUUUAAAACUGUUUUCGUUUGAAAACUAAAACUUUUUUCUAAUUUUUUUUAUGCAGAAAGUUGAAUUUGAAUUUAUCUCUAAAAAUCAAGUUCUUUUCACAUUUUAUUUGUUCUUUCCAAGUGUUCUUGCAUAAAGCAUUACCAAAUGUGUGUCUACAUAUUUCAUGCUUGAUGAAUGUUCGUGUAUAGAUGUUUACUAAUCUUCGUAUGGAUUAUCUUGAAACUGUUGGUGUUAAGACUGUCAGAGAAAUUUUAUGUGUAAUAAAAUUUUUCAACAUGCAAAUUGUAUCAUAGUUGUGUGACAUCGCACAGCAACUACAUUACUUUGUAAUGCAGCGAUUUUUAAAACUGUUUUCGUUUGAAAACUAAAACUUUUUUUCUAAUUUUUUUUAUGCAGAAAGUUGAAUUUGAAUUUAUCUUUAAAAGUCAAGUUCUUUUCACAUUUUAUUUGUUCUUUCCAAGUGUUCUUGCAUAAAGCAUUACCAAAUGUGUGUCUACAUAUUUGAUGCUUGGUGAAUGUUCGUGUAUAGAUGUUUACUAAUCUUGAUGUUGGUAACCUUGAA